GUGCCCCCCCCCCAGCCCGUCCCCUCGGGUUCGCUGGGGCUGGUGGGGUCGCGGCGCGGAGCUAGUGAAACUUCGCCAAUAGCCCUCCUGUUUCCCUGCCCGGGCGGGGGAAGAGCAAAUCACGGCGCGCCGCCUCCUCCCGCUCCUCCUCCCGGGCCUGUGCCAGCCGCCCGAUUCUUCAAAGACACAAAUACUCCAUGGUUGUCUUAAUAUCUGAGGCUGGUCAAGCAAGUGGUCUCUCUUGGCUUCAGGAGUGAGAAUCCUCUUUUUCCUAUUCUGAGUUAUUGACAGAAUCAAUUUGAGGAAGAAUUUGUGAUUGACAGCUAUGUUUCAGAUAACAAAACAUUUAAGCAAGCCGAUGUUUGCCACAGUUGGGAUCCCAGAAGCUUUUACUUCUCCCCUCACCCUUCCCCUUCCCCGCAGUGUGUUUGCACAUUUGGUGCCUCUACUAGGCUCUGUGGGCUCCACUCCCCGCUAUGUCCAAUGGGGGAUUGGAGCAUGACUGUCGAGUCCCUAAUGAUAAUGAGCUACCUAUUUUGGGGUAGGUAUCACCCUGAGUUACUUCACUCUUCACAAAGGAUAUGCACUCUUAAUUCAUGGAAUUUACAAGACACUCAAAUCAGAGGACUACACAUACCAACCAAAGACUGACCAGGGGCAAUGCCAGGAUAUUUUUACAGUUUAAGGCAUACAUUUCUUCAGAAGCACUAAUGGAUGUUGACAUGCAUUGGAUAAGGUGGUGACCACUGGAAGUAAUCUGUUGCUACUCACUGCAGAGAGGCUAAAUUGACUCCAUUUGGAGUUCAGAGACGAAGCGGUGUGGACGUAUCAAGAUGACUGAUCCUAUGAUGGAUUUUUUUGAUGAUGCCAACCUUUUUAGCGAGACGUUAGAAGGUUUGUCGGAUGAUGCCUUUGUACAACCUGGACCCGUUUCACUAGUUGAUGAAUUGAACUUGGGUGCAGAAUUUGAGCCUUUGCACAUAGACUCAUUGAACCAUGUGCAAGAUACUCAAACUCAACAAAAGAUGAGUGAAUUUGAGCAGUUAAAUCAGUAUGAUUCAUUGAAACUUCAAGUAAAUCAGUCUUUCAGCAGUCCAGCUGACAGUGUUUUAUCACCACACACUCAAUUUAAUUGCUCACCAAUCCAUCCACAAAACCAAUCCAAUGGAAUGUUUCCUGAUGUGGCUGAUGGUAGUCCUAUGUGGGGUCAUCAAACUACCACAACUGUUCCAAAUCAAAAUGGGUCCCCUUUUCACCAAGGACAUUCUCAGUCUAUGCAGCAAAAUAAAAGUUUUGUAGCACACCAUGACUUUGCCUUAUUUCAGGCCAACGAACAGCAGCAUCAGUGUGCCUCACUACAGUCUCAACAAAGCAGAAACAACAUUAACACAGGGCAAGAUGCUCUGAAUCAGCCAAAAAACUUUAUGGAGGUUAACAUAUCUGCUCCACGCAGAGUCAGUGUUACUCAUCCACCUCAAAUUGCUAAUCCAUCAACUUUACAGCAGCCUCUCUCUGUUCAACAGUUUUCUCAAAAUGCCAGUGCUUCAAUACAUUUUUGUGGGAAUCAAGAAGGAAACUAUGAUGGACAAUCUCCAACUAUGACUCCUUGCUCUGUUAAUAAUACACAGCGGUUUCCUUCUCCAUAUUCUUACUCUAAUAACCACAUUUCUCCUACUAGCCUUCUACAGUCUUCUACUGCUCUUUCUACUAGCCAACAAACUCAUCCUUUAUCUGAUUAUACUGGAAGUGAUGCCUUUACAUCUCAAACAGGGACCAAGCAAGAAACCACCGAGCACCUCUUGAAUCCUAACACACCUUUGAAUUCAAAUAGUUUCCAGAUGUUGCAUUCAGCACAUCCUCAGGGCAGCUUCAGUAGUUCAAAACUCUCUCCUGUGAACAUUAAUUUUCCAGCCUCUGCGGGUUCUGCUUCUCAGAUAAGCCAUUUCAGUGAUCCUAUAGAAAGCAAUGGUUUUUCAUCUUUGGAUGAGAACUUACUUCAUCAAGUUGAGUCUCAAGCUGAACCAUUUACAGGACUUGAUCCAGAGGACCUCCUUCAGGAAGACCUCCUACCCCAAUUUGAUGAUUCAGCAUUUGUUCAGGACACUUCAAGCCACAUAUUAGAGCAUGACCUAGAACACCAUAUUACCCCACAGCAAAUAACACAGUCAUCUGAUAUUGCUCGGACAGAGUCUCAAAGUCAGAUGCAUCCCUGGCAUUCUUCAGUUUCUAAUCGGCAUCUACAAGAUAGAAAUCGUAUAGCCUUGCAAGGGCAGCCUCCUUCCUCCAAGAAAACUGAUGUUUCAGGGACAUAUACUAAAUUGCAGAAUACCCAGGUGAGGGCAAUGUCGGAAAAGAAACAGAAGAAAAAAGUAGAAUCGGAAAGUAAGCAGGAGAAGGCUAAUCGCAUAAUAUCGGAGGCAAUCGCAAAAGCAAAAGAGAGAGGGGAGAGAAACAUUCCACGAGUAAUGAGCCCUGAAAACUUCCCCAGUGUUUCGGCUGAAGGAAGAGAGGAAAAGAAAGGUAGAAAAAUUAAAUGCAAACCAAAGGACAAGGAGAGCAAAAAAACUAAAACUGGUUCCUCAUCCAAAAUUAAAGACAAAACAAAAAUUGGCAAGCUUAUAAUCACAUUGGGUAAAAAGCAGAAGAGAAAGAAUGAGUCUUCAGAUGAAAUGUCUGAUACUAAGCAGACUCCACAGCGGUCAUUUAAAGAUGAGGACUCUCAGAAGAGAAGAUCAAAUCGUCAAGUUAAAAGAAAAAAGUAUGCUGAAGAAGGAGAAGGAAAACAGUCAGAGGAAGAGGCUAAAGUUUCUGUGAAAAUCAAAAAGAGUUCUGCUCCUUUGCCUGCUGAGCAACCCUUACAAUUAUUUGUGGAGAAUCCAAGUGAAGAAGAUGCAGCAAUUGUAGAUAAAAUUUUAUCCUCCAGGAUAGUGAAGAAAGAAAUAUCUGCUGGAAUGACAAUGGAAGAAGAAGAAUUUUUUGUAAAAUACAAGAACUACUCCUAUCUUCACUGUGAAUGGGCCACAGAACAGCAGCUUCUGAAGGAUAAAAGAAUCCAGCAGAAAAUUAAACGGUUCAAGCUGAGGCAAGCACAAAGAGCCCACUUUUUUGCAGAUAUGGAAGAAGAACCUUUUAAUCCUGACUAUGUUGAAGUGGACCGGGUGUUAGAAGUGUCCUUUUGUGAAGAUAAGGACACUGGUGAGCCUGUUAUUUACUACCUAGUAAAAUGGUGUUCAUUGCCAUAUGAGGACAGCACCUGGGAGUUAAAAGAAGAUGUAGACCAGGCAAAAAUAGAAGAAUUUGAACAACUGCAAGCUUCCAGGCCUGAUUCAAGGAGACUGGACCGACCUCCUCCUAACUCCUGGAAGAAGCUAGAACAGUCCAGAGAAUAUAAAAAUGGCAACCAGCUCAGGGAAUACCAACUGGAAGGACUCAACUGGCUCCUUUUCAACUGGUACAAUAGACGAAACUGCAUUUUAGCAGAUGAAAUGGGUCUUGGCAAAACCAUCCAGUCAAUUACAUUCCUCUAUGAAAUCCUCCUGACUGGUAUACGAGGGCCUUUUCUGAUCAUAGCUCCACUUUCCACUAUAACCAAUUGGGAAAGAGAAUUUCGCACGUGGACUGAUCUUAAUGUCGUGGUAUAUCAUGGGAGCAUGGUUAGCAGGCAGAUGAUACAGCAGUACGAGAUGUACUUCAGGGACUCACAGGGGCGUAUCAUUCGAGGUACUUACCGGUUCCAAGCUAUUAUCACCACUUUUGAAAUGAUUCUUGGUGGCUGUCCAGAACUCAAUGCAAUUGAAUGGCGGUGUGUUAUUAUUGAUGAAGCGCACAGGCUGAAGAAUAAAAAUUGCAAACUCCUGGAGGGACUCAAACUCAUGAAUCUUGAGCACAAAGUGCUGUUGACAGGCACGCCACUGCAGAACACAGUAGAAGAACUGUUUAGCCUCCUUCAUUUUCUUGAACCUUUGCGUUUUCCUGCUGAAUCUACAUUCAUGCAGGAAUUUGGGGACCUUAAAACGGAGGAGCAGGUGCAAAAGUUACAAGCUAUCCUGAAACCAAUGAUGCUGAGACGGUUGAAGGAAGAUGUAGAGAAAAAGUUAGCUCCCAAGGAAGAAACUAUAAUUGAAGUAGAACUAACUAAUAUCCAGAAGAAAUAUUAUCGGGCAAUUUUGGAGAAGAACUUUGCAUUCUUGUCGAAAGGAGCUGGCCAAGCUAAUGUACCCAAUCUAGUUAACACUAUGAUGGAACUCAGAAAGUGCUGCAACCACCCUUAUCUUAUCAAAGGUGCUGAAGAGAAAAUCCUUGGGGAGUUUAGGGAAACAUAUAUCCCAACUGCUCCUGAUUUUCAUCUACAAGCAAUGAUCCAGUCUGCUGGUAAAUUGGUCCUCAUUGAUAAACUUCUUCCAAAAAUGAAAGCAGGAGGCCAUAAGGUGCUUAUCUUCUCUCAAAUGGUGCGCUGUCUUGACAUCCUUGAGGACUACCUUAUACAUAAAAGGUACUUAUAUGAAAGAAUUGAUGGGAGAGUGAGAGGAAAUCUGAGGCAAGCUGCUAUUGAUCGGUUUAGCAAACCAGACUCUGAUCGGUUUGUGUUUCUUCUGUGUACCAGAGCUGGUGGAUUAGGCAUUAAUUUGACUGCAGCUGAUACAUGUAUAAUUUUUGAUUCUGACUGGAAUCCUCAGAAUGAUCUCCAGGCCCAAGCCCGUUGUCACAGGAUUGGUCAGAACAAAGCAGUAAAGGUCUACAGAUUGAUAACUCGGAACUCAUAUGAGAGAGAGAUGUUUGACAGAGCAAGUCUGAAAUUGGGUCUGGAUAAAGCUGUCUUGCAGAGCAUGAGUGGAAGAGAAAAUAGUGUUGGUGGUAUCCAACAGCUUUCCAAAAAAGAAAUAGAAGACCUGCUUCGAAGGGGUGCCUAUGGUGCUAUUAUGGAUGAAGAGGAUGAGGGCUCUAAAUUCUGUGAAGAAGACAUAGACCAAAUCUUGCAGCGCCGUACGAAAACUAUCACAAUUGAAUCCGAAGGAAGGGGUUCAACGUUUGCCAAGGCUAGUUUUGUUGCAUCUGGAAAUAGGACUGAUAUUUCAUUAGAUGAUCCCAACUUCUGGCAGAAAUGGGCCAAAAAAGCAGAAAUAGAUAUAGAUGCCAUCAGUGGUAGAAACAGCCUGGUUAUUGAUACCCCAAGAAUUAGGAAGCAAACAAGACCCUUUAGUGCCACAAAAGAUGAGCUGGCUGAGUUAUCAGAAGCAGAGAGUGAAGGGGAUGAUAAACCAAAACUCCGCAGGCCUUGUGACCGCUCUAGUGGAUAUGGAAGAACAGAGUGCUUUCGGGUGGAGAAAAACUUAUUAGUCUAUGGGUGGGGUCGUUGGAGAGAGAUUUUGUCACACGGUCGCUUCAAGAGGCAACUAAAUGAACAGGACGUGGAGAUAAUUUGCCGAGCACUCUUAGCGUAUUGCCUUGUUCACUACAGAGGAGAUGAAAAGAUAAAAAGUUUUAUAUGGGAUCUCAUCACCCCAACAGAGGAUGGGCAAACACGAGAGCUGCAGAAUCACCUAGGUUUGUCAGCACCUGUGCCGAGGGGUAGAAAAGGAAAGAAAGUGAAGACUCAGGCUAGCACUUUUGAUAUACAUAAAGCAGAAUGGCUUCGAAAAUAUAAUCCGGAACAUCUACUGCAAGAUGAAGGAUAUAAAAAACACAUAAAGCAUCACUGCAAUAAGGUCUUGCUUCGAGUAAGAAUGCUGUAUUACUUAAAACAAGAAGUCAUUGGUAAUGAAUGCCAAAAAGUGUUUGAUGGAGUUGAUGCCAGUGAAGUUGAUGUUUGGGUCCCUGAGCCAGAGCAUUCUGAGGUCCCUGCAGAGUGGUGGGAUGCAGAUGCAGAUAAAUCCCUCCUAAUUGGAGUUUUUAAGCAUGGGUAUGAAAAGUACAACACUAUUAGAGCAGAUCCUGCACUCUGUUUCUUGGAAAGAGUGGGCAAACCAGAUGAGAAAGCAGUUGCUGCUGAACAGAGAGCAAAUGAUUACAUUGAUGGGGAUGUAGAAGAUCCAGAAUAUAAACCAGCCCCAGCAAUGUUUAAAGAUGAUAUGGAGGAUGAUGCUUCAUCACCAGGAGAUCUAGUAAUAGCUGACGGAGACGGUCAGAUGAUGGAAGGAGACAAAAUUUAUUGGCCCACUCAGUCUGCUUUAACAACACGUCUGCGCCGCCUAAUAACAGCCUACCAACGUACUAGUAAGAACAGGCAGGCCCAGCAAAUCCAACCAACGUUUCCAGUUCAGGCCACUGUGAUGCAGCCUCCAUAUGAAGAAGCUGCUCUAAAUCCAAAAAUUGCUGCCAAGAUUGAAAGGCAACAAAGGUGGACGAGAAGAGAAGAAGCUGAUUUUUACAGGGUUGUAUCCACAUUUGGAGUGGUGUUCGAUCCUGACGGGGGUCGAUUUGACUGGACAAAAUUUAGAGCCAUGGCUAGGCUACAUAAGAAAACUGAUGAGAGUUUAGAGAAGUACUUGUAUGCUUUUAUGUCUAUGUGCAGGAGAGUCUGUCGCCUUCCCUCAAAAGAAGAACUUGUAGACCCAACCAUUUUUAUCCAACCAAUUACCGAGGAGCGUGCUUCUCGGACCUUAUAUCGCAUUGAACUCUUGAGGAAGGUACGAGAACAGGCUCUCCGACAUCCACAGCUGUUUGAACGCUUGAAACUUUGUCAGCCAAAUCCAGACUUGCCAGUCUGGUGGGAGUGUGGGACUCAUGACAGGGAUUUACUUAUUGGAGCUGCUAAACAUGGGGUUAGCAGAACAGACUAUCACAUUCUUCGUGAUCCUGAACUCUCAUUUAUGUCUGCCCAGAGGAACUACAGUCAGAAUAAAGUGGCACUAUCAAGAACUUCUACUCCACUUUUACAUCAGUAUCAGAUGGCAUUGUCUGCUUCUCCUCUUGCACCUCAGUCAAGAUUGCUAGAUACUAAAGGGAAUGCUCUUGAGGAUACAAAAGUUAAAAAUGAAAACCUUAAAGAGGACCCUCAGUCGUCUGAAGAAGAAUCUAUGUCUACUGAGGAAACACGGACAAUGAUGAAAUCUGAACCUUUGAGCCCAAAGAAUGGCACGCCAUUACAGACUACAGACCACAAACCUGGCGUGAAAACUGAAACUGACAGGCGUAUGGUUGCAGCAAGGACAGAGCCCCUAACUCCAAACCCUGCUUCCAAAAAACAGAGAGUCAACAAAAGAGGGUCAGACUCUAGCUCUGAUUCUGACUCUGAGUCAGACAGAUCAUCCUGUUCUUCCAGGUCAUCUUCAUCAUCCUCUUCCUCUUCCUCUUCUUGUUCACGCUCCCAAUCAGGAUCCAGCUCUUCUUCAUCCUCAUCUUGUUCUUCAGCAUCUUCCUCCUCUUCAUCAUCUUCAUCUUCUUCAUCAUCGUCGUCGUCGUCGUCAUCUGAAGAGAGUGACAGUGAUGACGAAGAGGCACAAAAGCGAGCAGAAGGAACCCCUCACAUCAAAGCAUAUGACGAAGAGAGCGUAGCCUCUCUGAGCACCACACAAGAUGAGACCCAGGACUGUUUCCAGUUGAACAACGGGACGCCAAAUUCCAACUAUCUCUUGCAAGGUGGAUACAUGUUGGCUGCAUCCUAUUGGCCAAAGGAUCGAGUUAUGAUUAACCGACUAGACAGUAUUUGUCAAACAGUGUUGAAAGGUAAAUGGCCUUCGGCAAGAAGAAGCUAUGACAGCAAUACAGUAGCAUCUUUCUACACAACCAAACUUCUGGACAGCCCGGGUGCAGCUGCAGACUACAGCGAACCUAGUGCACCAACACCCCCAACUGCAGGUGUUAAGGAAGAACAUGAUCAGUCGCCACAGAUGCCAAAGGUGAAGAAGCAUGUACGAGAAAAGGAGUUUACAGUGAAAAUCAAUGACGAAGGUGGUUUGAAGUUGACUUUUCAGAAGCAGGGGUUUUCUCAAAAAAGGCUGUUUGAAAGUGAAGAAGGCACGUUAGGACAGCAGCAAUACCUGGCUCGGCUUCGUGAGCUCCAGAAUGCUUCAGAGACCAGCCUUGUCAAUUUUCCAAAAUCCUUACCAGAAUCAGGUGCUUCCAGUCAGUUAACAGUUAAUGCUAAUGGAGUGAUGGUCGACAGCCAGCCUGUAGUCAAAAAGAGGAGAGGAAGGAGGAAGAAUGUAGAAGGAGUUGACAUCCUCUUUAUAAAUAGAAAUAAACCACCUAAUCAUGUUAGUCCAGGCAUUAACACCUCGCAAGUUGCUCCAGUAAUAAACCCAACACUUACUUAUGCUCAGUCCCAAGGUCUACUUGAUGAAGAAAGCCCAGUUCCUGUCAUUAACCUGAAAGAUGGAACAAGACUUGCAGGUGAUGAUGCACCAAAAAGGAAGGAUUUAGAAAAAUGGCUUAAGGAACAUCCUGGUUAUGUUGAAGAUUUAGGAGCUUUUAUUCCUAGAAUGCAGCUUCAUGAUGGGAGGCCCAAACAAAAAAGGCAUCGUUGUCGAAACCCUAAUAAACUGGAUGUUAAUAGUCUCACUGGUGAAGAACGUGUUCAGCUGAUCAAUAGAAGAAAUGCUAGAAAGGUGGGAGGUGCUUUUGCUCCACCGCUGAAGGACUUGUGCAGAUUCUUGAAAGAAAAUCCUGAGUAUGGAGUAGCUCCUGAAUGGGGAGAUGUUGUGAAACAGUCUGGAUUUCUUCCUGAAGGUAUGUUUGACCGAAUUCUCACUGGGCCUGUUGUACGAGAAGAAGUAAGCAGGAGAGGGAGACGGCCUAAAAGUGAGAUUGCCAAGGCAACAGCUGCAGCAGCAGCAGCUGCAACAGCAGCAAAUGUUUCGGUCAACCCUUUGCUAGCCAAUGGAUUACUUCCAGGAGUGGAUCUAUCUACUCUUCAGGCCUUACAACAAAACCUGCAGAACUUGCAAUCGCUGCAAGUAACAGCAGGAUUAAUGGGAAUGCCUGCUGGACUAACUACUGGAGGAGAAGCUAAGAAUAUGGCUGCCAUGUUUCCCAUGCUACUGUCAGGAAUGGCUGGAUUACCAAACUUGCUGGGUAUGGGAGGACUCCUAACAAAGUCAACAGAAUCUGUUUCAGAGGAGAAAAAGGGAAAUGACUCAAAAGAGCCAGUUGUAAAGAAAGAAAGGACAGAAAACCAACAUGCAGAUAAUGGUGGUGAAGACUCUGUGUCAAGUUCUCCCUCUACGUCCUCUGCUGCUGCCAACCCUUUAGCUCUUAACCCAUUACUUUUGUCCAAUAUACUUUAUCCAGGGAUGCUUCUCACUCCAGGCCUUAAUCUUCAUAUCCCAGCAUUGUCCCAAUCCAAUAUUUUUGAUGUACAGAAUGCUGAAAACAAUGACACAGGCUCAUCCAAGCCUACAGAAGAAAAGGAGAAAAAUUCUAGGGUUAGAGAUCAGGAAGACAAAGGGGGAACAGAGCCAAGCUCUCAUAAUGAAAACAGCACAGAUGAGGGUUCAGAGAAAGCAGAUGCUUCAUCUGGAUCUGACAGUACAUCGUCUUCAUCUGAGGAUUCAGAUUCUAGUGAUGAAGACUGACCCCAGACUAUGUACUUAAAUUAUGAACUGAUUUUGAAUUUAUUCUUUAAUUAUUUCAUUGUAAAUAGCCCAGUGUUGAGCUCAUCAAAUGAUUUAUUGACUCAACUUUCAGUAUUUGUUUAGAAGUGCAAACUGCUUUCAGAGAUGUUUUGCAUGUAAUAUUUCUUGAAGUUCAUAAGUUUCUGAACUUGUAUGUACUAUCAAUACACAAUGGUGUAAAAUUACAACAAAUGGCAUAAUUUUGGGAGGUUAUUUUAUGAAAAUAAUGCUCAGUAAGAGCUGUAUAUUUAAUAUAUUUGCAGUGAACACAGAAUAUUUUAGGCAUAUUAUUGAUUUAAUUUGAAUAUAGUUUUACAGCCUCCUUGACACUUAUAAUUUACAGAUCAAAACUCAGCAAUAAUUUGGGCAGCUAAUGAAUGUCAUGAAAGCUGUAGAAUCUACAUCACCAUCCAUUGCUUUAAUUACAUGAAAAUGCUAUAGUGUUGCGAUGCACUGCUGAUGUUUCCAAUUCAGGUACAAGUGUGUUUAAAAGGAGGAAAAAGUUUCCCAAUCAGCCAGUUAAACUGGCUAUCUGUUACCUCAGCUGAGUUAGUUUAGGAAGUUUACAUUGGUUUCUAUACUUGUUUUCGGGUUUUGUUUUGUUUUUAAACACACCCUCUAUGAUAUGUUAAUCUGGCAGGAGAUAGGACUGUUUUUGCUGAUCAAACGCGUUCUUUGAUAACAGUAAAGGGAAGUUGACACAAAAUAUUCCUAUCUCAUCCUACUUUGGCACCACAGAGACCUAUUUAGUUUAAACCUUGCAAAGUUUUGGGCUCCCACCACAGAAAUACGAUGUCCUGAUUGAGGAAUAGUAUCCCCAAAACUCAGAAAAGGCAAACUGUCAUGAAGUGCCACUGAAAAGACCUUUCAACACUGCAUACUUCAUGUAAAAAAAUGUUUGUUUGCUUUGUUUGUGUUGAUUUUUAUUUGUGUUUUAUGUAACAAUGCCUCCCGGGAUUACCAGAUAAUAAAUGGUAAAGAAGAAUAUUGAUAGUUUAAACUCAUUUUGAGUUUAGACUUCUCUACAGGUUUAAAUAUGACUAAACGUUAUGACGAAAUGUUACCCAAAAUCAUUCUUGAGGAUUUAGUUUAUAUGUUAUGCUGAGUUGCCCAAUUUAAAAUUUAAAAAAGCACUUUGAAUAGUAAAGACAGAUAAGUUAUUCCUGUAAACAACAAUAAGAGGGCAUAAGACAUCUGUUCAAACCCAAAUCCUUAGAACCCUUUACUGUAUAAAAUCAGUCUGAUAUUUGAUGUGUGAUAUGAUUCCUCUUUCUGCUGAAGCUGCUAUUACUCUGACAUGGUAGAGGCCCAGAUUCACACUUACAUGUUUGAACUGAGAUUUCGAUUGACUUUAGUUAUCUCAUUUGUGGCCCAAGAUAGGGAAGUGCUCAGAGAGAAUAGAUACAGGUACUAGUAGAAAUCAUUGAAAAAAGCUUUUCAAAGGGAUAAAUUUGAAAAAAAAAAAAAAAAACUGUAUAUUUUGAUAUAGUUCUGUUGCUCACUUGUAUAGUAAACAAGACUUUGUUUUUUACCAAGAACUUUUCCAAUACAUUAUACGUUUCUAUGUGCAAAAUAAUUAACCCCAUGAUUAGAAACAGUAUUACAUGUAAUUACACAAUUAUACAAGUCCCAUUUGGAUUGUCCUGGUUACUGUAUUUUCCCACAAUAGUAUUCUGAUUUUUGGCCUUUCAUACAGUGUCUUAGCAAUAGUGAAAAUUAAAACCUGCCAAGAGAAGGGUGUAGCAAUUCUUCAUCAUGAAGGGAUGUAUUGCAUAUUUAAUAUUUUUGCCCUUUGUAAUAUAGCACUUUUGUUUAACUAGGAUGCAUCUAUGAAAUAGCCAAAGUUUUUCAAACACAGUUAUUAACUUAGUUUGCUGAUGGAGUAUUUCAACAACACCCUUACCCCACAAAAGAAAUACUAAAUCUUGUGGCUAAAACAUAAUUUAUAUCAAAUUUAUUAAAUAAAGUAUUUUCCUAAUUAUGGUCAAGUGAGUUUGCUUACCGUUCUAGUGAUUCUCUUUCUAUGUAAUAAGGCAAUUGCAGUUUAAAAUAAUUAAGGCUGAUAUAGACUUGAACAUAAUGUAUUGGAUUUAUUUUUAAUCAUUAUCAAUUGGAAGAGGAAAAAUGUGUCCCACUAUCAGCUAAACAAUAUGCAAAUAUGGUUGUAUAAAGUUAAGGGUUGUAAGGAAACUUCAGUAGAUUUACACUAAUACUGAAGUUGCAGUUAAAAGGAUAUCCAAGGUGAUGAUAAAGUGUGUGUUGGUAGUUACUAAAAGAACUUUAGCUGUUACUGCCUUGUAUUUCUAUCCCUUGUUUCAGGCUUCAUGAUACAAGUCUUAGUCCAGUUUUUCUUUUGGACAUUUGCAAUAUUUGCCAGUUGUGUUCUGUGUAGUCUGAAUUUGCUUUCUGUAGUUCAACAAGCGUCUUAAAAAGUCAUUUGUAAUUUAUUGAAUUACUUUCUAUGAUGUUCUAUAGAGGAAAUGGAAGUUUAAUUAUUUUUUAUUAAACAUAUUCUUUGACUACC